CUUUCCUUCCUAGCGAUCACUCAGCUGCGUGCUGGAGUGCCUGCAACUGGCACUUAUGCCACUCUACAUGUGAACUAGUUUAAAGUAACUACCGGUGUAGUUAUCAAGAGACUAUAGAAGGAACAGAGCUGUUUUAAAGAAAGACUGACGAAUUGCGGAUUAGAGACUGAGAGAGAGCGUGGCCGGGGGGGUGGAGGGCUCUCUUUCCUGUCCAGAUAAACCGCGGUUCACGCAGAAUAUGGCGGAGCAACAUAUAGUUAGCGACAGCAAGCUCAAAGCUUCCUCGAAUACCGGGGGCUCGCUCUCUGGAAACAGCCGGUCGAGCUCCGCGAGUGGAGGAGGCGGAGGUGGAGGCCUUUCUGGUGGACUGACGCAGCCGGCAGGGUGGCAGUCCCUGCUGUCUUUCACAAUACUCUUUCUGGCCUGGCUGGCAGGGUUUAGUUCGAGACUCUUCGCAGUUAUUCGUUUCGAGAGCAUCAUCCACGAGUUUGACCCUUGGUUCAACUACAGAUCAACACAUCACCUCACUACCAAUGGCUUUUACGAGUUCCUCAACUGGUUUGACGAGAGGGCAUGGUACCCCCUGGGCAGGAUCGUGGGGGGGACUGUGUACCCCGGGCUGAUGGUCACAGCGGGGCUGAUCCACUAUGUGCUGAACCUGCUGCACGUGACCGUGCACAUCCGGGACGUGUGCGUCUUCCUGGCGCCUGUGUUCAGCGGCCUGACCUCCAUCUCCACCUUCCUGCUCACGCGGGAGCUCUGGAACCAGGGGGCGGGGCUCCUGGCCGCCUGCUUCAUCGCCAUCGUCCCCGGUUACAUCUCCCGCUCCGUCGCCGGCUCGUUUGACAACGAGGGCAUCGCUAUAUUCGCUCUCCAGUUCACAUACUACCUGUGGGUGAAGGCCGUGAAGACCGGCUCGGUCUUCUGGACGAUCGGCUGCUGCCUGUCUUACUUCUACAUGGUGUCAGCAUGGGGAGGCUACGUCUUCAUCAUCAACCUCAUCCCCCUCCACGUCUUUGUGCUUCUGCUCAUGCAGCGCUACAGCAGGAGAGUCUACAUCGCCUACAGCACUUUCUACAUCGUGGGCCUGGUACUCUCCAUGCAGAUCCCUUUUGUGGGCUUCCAGCCAAUCAGAACCAGCGAACACAUGGCAGCAGCAGGUGUGUUUGCCCUGCUCCAGGCCUAUGCUUUCCUGCAGUACCUGAAGGACCGGCUCACCAGGCAGGAGUUUCAGACCCUCUUCUUCCUUGGAGUGUCGCUGGCUGCUGGCGUAGUCUUCCUCACCGUCAUAUACCUGACUUACACAGGUUACAUCGCCCCCUGGAGUGGCCGGUUCUACUCGCUGUGGGACACUGGAUACGCCAAGAUCCACAUUCCCAUCAUUGCCUCGGUGUCGGAGCACCAGCCCACCACCUGGGUCUCUUUUUUCUUUGACCUCCACAUCCUCGUCUGCACCUUCCCAGCAGGCCUCUGGUUCUGCAUCAAGAACGUCAACGACGAGCGCGUUUUCGUGGCGCUGUACGCCAUCAGCGCGGUCUACUUCGCGGGCGUGAUGGUGCGGCUCAUGCUGACGCUGACGCCCGUCGUGUGCAUGCUGUCGGCCAUCGCCUUCUCCAACGUCUUCCAGCACUACCUGGGCGACGACCAGAAGAGGGAGAACCCGCCCGCUGAGGACAGCAGCGACGAGGACGACAAGAGGAACUCUGGAAACCUCUACGAUAAGGCGGGGAAGGUUCGGAAGCACGUUUCUGAGCAGGAGAAGACAGAGGAGGGUCUGGGGCCCAACAUUAAGAGCAUCGUCACCAUGCUGAUGCUCAUGCUGCUCAUGAUGUUCGCUGUGCACUGCACCUGGGUCACCAGCAACGCCUACUCCAGCCCCAGCGUAGUGCUGGCCUCCUACAACCACGAUGGAACACGCAACAUCCUUGAUGACUUCCGCGAGGCGUACUACUGGCUCCGGCAGAACACAGGCGAGCACGCGCGUGUCAUGUCCUGGUGGGACUACGGCUAUCAGAUUGCCGGCAUGGCCAACAGGACAACACUGGUGGACAACAACACCUGGAACAACAGCCACAUCGCACUGGUGGGUAAGGCCAUGUCGUCCAAUGAGAGCGCAGCCUAUGAGAUCAUGAAGAGCCUGGACGUGGACUAUGUGCUUAUUAUCUUCGGGGGGGUGAUUGGUUACUCCGGCGACGACAUUAACAAGUUCCUGUGGAUGGUGCGGAUAGCAGAGGGGGAGCACCCCAAGGACAUCCGAGAAAGCGACUACUUCACUCCACAGGGAGAGUUUAGAGUGGACAAGGCCGGCUCCCCGACUCUGCUCAACUGCCUCAUGUAUAAGAUGUCCUACUACCGCUUUGGUGAAAUGCAGCUGGACUUCCGGACGCCGCCCGGAUUCGAUCGGACCCGAAACGCGGAGAUUGGGAACAAGGACAUCCAUUUCCGGCACCUGGAGGAGGCCUUCACCUCCGAGCACUGGCUGGUGCGCAUCUACAAGGUGAAGAAGCUGGAGAACCGCCUGGCCCUGGACCACAAGCCCCGCGUCUCCAACAUCGUCCCCAAACACAAGUACACCUCCAAAAAGACUGCGAAGAGGAAGCGUGGAUAUAUUAAGAAUAAACUGGUCCUAAAGAAAGGAAAGAAGCUCAACAAGAAGUCCGUUUAAUUGUUAACAAAGACGGGGGAAGUUGAAAUGCAAAAAAAAAAAAAAAAAAAAAACUGAGGGGGAGGGGGGACAGAAAGGAAAA